AUGGCCCCUGCCGUUGACGAUUCCAUGUCAGCGAGGAUCUCCUCAAACUGCCCGCAAGACACCCGAGACGUCUUGCACCACGCGUGGGGACAUGACCUCUCAGGUCUCAGGAAUCUCAUCAAGGUGCGCGGGAUGGCCAGCGCCCAAGACCCUGUCACCGGCGAAACUCCCCUCCACGCCGCCAUCCGAGCUUGUGGCCUCGCUAACCCAGACCCCGACGACGCGGAAGAAGAUGGUUGCGUCGAAGAAGCCGCAGACGUGCUGCGGGAGCUCUUCUUGUCCGGCGCCAUCUGGAACGACGUGGACGGUAACAACGAGACGCCUGGCUGCGUGGCUCAUCGUCUGGGCAGGAAAUCCCUCUACGACAUGUGCGUCGACGCUGGCGUCCGCGCGGAAUUGCUCUUCGCCCUCAUGAGCGGCUACGAGGAGCUGUCGUCGGGAUCCGAUGAGCCAGACCAUGUUGCCCACGGGGAUCGCGGCGACGGCCAGGAUGAAGCGCUCGGCGAAGAGGGCGCCGCCGUAAACGAAAAUCAGCAAGACGCAGGCCAAGCACGCUUCAUGCCCCCCGGCGCCAACGAAAAGUCCGUGACGAGCGCCGAUUACCUCCAAUCCACGCUGACCUACGACUCGUCCAAAGUUGUCGACUCGGACCUCAACGGUGUCAUGAUGUCCUGGGAGACCGACAUCAUGCGCCGGUCCGUGUCUGCCCUGCUCCCGGGCCUUGAAUCCGGCAAGCGCAUUCUCAACAUUGGUUUUGGGAUGGGCAUCGUCGACGGCGUAUUUGCCGAAACCGAACCCUCAAGACACCACAUCGUCGAAGCCCACCCUUCCGUGCUCAAACACCUCUCCGAGCCCCAUUCGAGAUUUGGACGCGCCUGGGAGCAAAGCGGCCCCGGGCCGGAUGCCUACAAGUUAUGGGCUGGACGAUGGCAGGAAAUAGUCCCCAAGCUCCUGGAGAAGGGAGAGAUUUACGACGCCAUCUACUUUGACACGUUCGCGGAAGACUACGCCGAGCUGAAGAUGUUCUUCACCGAGUAUGUGCCAGGCUUGCUCGAUCAAGAAGGAACGUUUAGCUUUUUCAAUGGCCUUGGCGCAGACAGACAAGUCUGCUACGAUGUCUACACCAAGGUGGUGGAUAUGCAUUGUGCCGACGCUGGGUUGGACGUGGAGUGGCGCGAGUGUGAUGUAGACAUGGCCGCGCUGGCUGAAGAUGGCCAGGGCGAGUGGGAGGGUGUGCGAAGGCGAUACUGGACUCUGAAGAAAUACCGACUGCCUGUGUGCACAUUUAUGGCGUAA